AUGAAGCCCACACCCAUCCCCUCCGGCAUCCUCAUCGAAGCCGAGUCCUUCGACUCCUACGGCGGAUGGACAUUGGACUCCCAAUUCGAGCUCUCAAUGGGGUCGCCCUACCUCCUCGCCCACGGCAACGGCCAGCCAGUUGCCGACGCCACGACCUCCAUCCCCAUCUCCCCCGAUGCCGCGGGCUCGUACGCCGUCUGGGUCCGCGCGAAGGACUGGGUGCCUGGCCAUCAUCCCGGGCGAUUCUCACUUUUGAUCAACGGCAAGCCGCUGCCUACCGAGUUCGGUGCCAAUGACCGAGACUGGUCGUGGCAGUUUGGCGGCAGGGUCGAGCUGGCUGCGGGACGGACCAAUCUGGUGUUGAGGGACUUGACCGGGUUCUGUGGGCGGUGCGAUGCCGUUUUCUUCAGUCGGGAUGGGGAUGAUGUCGCGCCGCCGGAGGACAUAGAGGACGGACCAGCAGCACGUGCGUGGCGGCGGAAGUUGCGUGGGAUCCCUGACGAGCCGGAUGAUGGCGGGACGUUCGACGUCGUUGUGGUCGGAGGAGGUGUCCCCGGUUGUGCAGCGGCGCUGACAGCGGCGCGGUUGGGUGAGAAGGUGGCGCUCGUGCAGAACCGGCCCUUCCUGGGCGGCAACGCGAGUGUUGAGAUUGGGCUGAGCCCGAGAGGCAUCCAGGGGCCUUUGGUCAGGGAGCUGAUGAAGCGGGAUGGCAGUGGCGACCUGGCCGCGAAGAAGCUGCUGGAUGCCGAGCCCAACGCCACUGUUUUCCUGGAGCAUACGGUGCACGAGGUCCAUACUACCCCUGACUCUGUCAUCACUUCCAUCCGCGCCCGCGCCGCCCGCAGCGGCCGAGACGUCGUCAUCACAGCCCCCGUCUUCAUCGACUGCUCCGGCACCUGCGUCCUCGGGCUACACGCCGGCGCCGAGACGCUGUUCGGCCAGGAGUCACGCAGCGCGUACGGCGAAGGCCUCGCUCCCAUCCACGGCGACAACACGCACCACGGACACACCGUCUUCUUCCGCACGCGCAUGGCCGAGUCGCCCGCCCCCUUCCCCUCCGUGCCGUGGGCCACCGAGGUCGCUAAGGACUACGCCGACCUCCGCGGGCAGCUGGACGAGCCAGGCGUCGAGAACGGGCUCGGCCCCGUCGUCAGGCCGCCGGACGACGACGUCCCCAAGCGCAUGCGGGGCCCGAUGACGCACUUUUGGGAGUACGGGCAGCGGCUGGAUCCGUAUACGCAUGGCGAGCACGUCCGGGACCACCUGCUGCGGGCGAUCUAUGGCACGUUUUCGAACGUCAAGACGCUGGAGCCGGAGAAGUAUGCGAAUCUGGCGCUGGACUGGGUCGCGCACGUUGCUGCGCAAGGCGAGUUUCGGCGGUACAAGGGCGAUCAUGUCUUGACUGAGAACGACAUCAGGAGCCACAGGCACUUCGAUGAUGCUGUGGCGCAGAAUGGCGGGCCCUUUUGUCUGCACUAUCCUGGGCAUGAGAAGUAUGAUUUUCGGUUGAAACAUUGGGAGUGGGAUGCCCGUGACCGGAGGCCGUAUGAGGUCCCGUUUCGUUGUUUGUACUCGGUCAAUGUUAAGAACUUGAUGAUGGCGGGCAAGCAUGUCAGCGCUACGCAUAUUGCCAGCUCGAACACGAAGUUCAUGGGGAAUGGAGCGCAGCAUGCUGUUGCUGCUGCGGCUGCAGCGCAUUUGUGCAAUAGGUACCGCACGACGCCCCGUGGGAUCUAUGAGAAGCAUGUUCCGGAGCUAAGAGCCAUUAUUGCACACAUUACUGGUGGGAUGUGGUAUGAUAAGGAUAGAGAGGAGCCGCUGCAGCAUAAGUUAUAA